AUGGCCUGUGGGGCUCCCCUCCGGCGCCUCCCGGCCCGACCAGCGCGCCUUCCUGCGACCCUGCCGAGUGGCGCGUGCCGCGGCCCAGACCGAGCUACGAGCCGAGCCCAGGCGCUUCCCCCCUUGCAGACCAUCGGGGCCGCCUUCGUGGCCAAGGUGAUGUCCGUCGGGGACCGGACAGUGACGCUGGGUAUUUGGGACACAGCAGGCUCUGAGCGCUAUGAGGCCUUGAGCAGGAUGUACUAUCGGGGGGCCAAGGCGGCUAUCGUCUGCUACGACCUCACCGACAGCAGCAGCUUUGAGCGAGCCAAGUUCUGGGUGAAGGAGCUACGCAGCCUGGAGGAGGGCUGUCAGAUCUACCUGUGUGGCACCAAGAGCGACCUGCUGGAGGAGGACCGGCGGCGGCGACGCGUGGACUUCCACGACGUCCAGGACUACGCAGACAAUAUCAAAGCUCAGCUCUUUGAAACAUCCAGCAAGACAGGCCAGUGUGUGGACGAGCUCUUCCAGAAAGUGGCCGAGGAUUACGUCAGCGUGGCUGCCUUCCAGGUGAUGACAGAGGACAAGGGCGUGGACCUGGGCCAGAAGGCAAACCCCUACUUCUACAGCUGUUGUCAUCACUGAGUCACCUGGCCUGGGGCAAUCAAGGGAAUUCCCCAGAGCGGCUGGGCUUGGGUGGUCAGAUGUCUGAGCUACCCCAGGUCUCCGUGGCUGCAGAGGGGGCACCUGCCUGUGCUGGCCAUGCAACGGAGGCAGCAUUGGGCUGACUGUGGCCAUGAGGAAGGAAAAGGGCCGAUUUGGACUCCGGGUUUCUGCCCUGGACAGCACUUCUGUCUGCAGAUUAUUUAAGUGGCUUCUGAUCUGUAAAUAAAAUCAAGGCACUGUGAAUCACA